GUGCGCGUACCUCAUAAUUGCGGGACAUGACUGUGGCACAAGAGAAGUGUCGACGCAACUGACAAGACCUGUAGAAAGGAGAAAAUGGUCGAAUGCCCCUCAUGAGGGUCGAGUAAGAACCCGCUCACGUGCCUUGUUCGAGACUGAGGGGUUGCAGGUCGAUUACCACACCGGUACCAAUGAAUAGAGAGAGACCUGCUGCUCCGAUUAAAUUGGCUUAUGGAGGUUCAGCUGAGCUGCCGGCAGUAAUGACGCUAAGCCCGAUUACCUUUAAACGACCCAGUUAUCCGGCAAAUCAACUUGACCACUAUGGUUCUUUGUGGGCCGUCCCGCUAUUAUUUGCGAUAGUUAAGUCAUUGUCAAGUGUCAUUUUCAUCACCAAAACUGUACGGAUGAGCCGGUUAUCGCUGACUACUGGGAGAAAGAAGCCACCCCUCCAUCAUGUGAUGUGUAAGCUGGAAGCAGAAAUCAGACCACGAUGUAACCCAGAGGUAGUAUGUUCAGAUUACUUGUUGCUUUCUAGUUCAUGCGGGCGAAAUGUAAAACUUGAACAGCCAAUGGCGCGACCAUCAGCGAGAAUAUAACAUUAGGGUUGACGGUCUUCUAUAAAAGUAAUAAUAAGAAAUAGAGGCCGGGGACCAGAACUUGGAAACAGAAUAUGAAAUAAUAAAAGAGGGAAAGAAGCAACGUAAACGGAUCUAAAAUCAAGUGAACAAGCAAGCAACACUAAAUGUACAGAAACACGUAGUGGUCAUGUAACAUGCUUAGUUUUGUUGAAGAGGUGGAUGAA